UCCACCCUCGCCGCCGCAUCCACCCCCACCACAGAACAAGAAAGCGAAAUCCCACAAUUCACAGACUGCCCCCCCGACGUGACCCUCCUCGGCCGCUCCACCUGGACGCUCCUCCACUCCAUCACCGCAACCUACCCCGUCUCCCCCUCCCCUGCACACCAGCGCUCCGCCCUCUCCUUCGUCUCCGCGCUCGGGACGCUGUACCCGUGCUGGCACUGCGCGGGCGAUUUCCGCGAGUGGAUGGCGAGGGACGGGAACGCGCCGCGGGUGAGCAGUAGAGAGGAGUUCGGGCGCUGGAUGUGCGAGGCGCAUAAUGCGGUUAAUGUUAAGUUGGGGAAGGGGGUGUUUGAUUGUGGGAGGUGGGAGGAGAGGUGGGGGGCGGGGUGGAGGGAUGGGAGGUGUGAUUGA